AUGGUCAUCGGCUUGAAGCUCACCAGCGAGCCCAGACUCGCAGCCAUCCCCUCGCCGCUGCCUGGCUCGCUCGCCAUGCUGGCAUCUCUGCGUGACGUGGACCUGUCAGCCAAUGGGCUUUCGACAUUCCCCGACGCCCUGCUGUCCGUUCCGGAGCUCAGGAGACUCAAUCUGUCGAGGAACAAAUUCACAAGUCUUCCCCAGGAAAUACGUCAGCUCUCCCACCUGGAGCACCUGGACCUGGGUCGAAACCACCUGUCAGGUGUGCCUGAGGAGAUCGGGCACCUGACGAAUCUCCUGACGCUCAACCUGAUGUGCAACCAGCUGGAGCGCCUACCUGACAGCAUCGGGCGGCUGACGAGGGUGUUCCGCCUGGGGCUCAAAAGCAACAGGCUCAGCGCCCUGCCCUCAUCACUAGGCGGCAUGACCUCACUGGUGGAGCUCUACCUCACAGACAAUCGCCUCACCGCCCUGCCUGACUCCAUCGGCUGCUGCACCAACCUCGUCAAACUUCAGGCAUCCUUCAACCAGCUCUACGCCCUGCCAGACUCCAUCGGUCGUCUCUCACGCCUCGAGCUGCUCCGCCUCGCAGCCAACAACCUGCACGCGCUGCCCUCCUCCCUCGCGCUGCUGCCCCGCCUGGCGUGGCUGUCGCUCGCCAGCAACCCCCUCUGCCCGCCGCUACCGCCACACCAUCAGGGCGUGGAGGACAUUCCCUUUGGGGAGCUGCAGCUGGGGAGGAAGCUGGGGGACGGCGCCAGUGGCGACGUGUAUGCAGCAGUGUGGCACGGGCACGAGGUGGUGUUCAAGCAGUUCAACAGCGAGACCAGCCCCGACGGGCGGGCAGUAGACGAGAUCGCCAUGACUGCUGCUGUCGACCACCCCCACCUCGUGCAGGUGCUGCCUGGGGGGGGUGCUGUCUGGGGUGGAAGCAACGGGGGAGCAGCCCCACGGGCUGGUCAUGCGGCGAGCUCUGCUCCACACAGCCUUUCCCCCAACCCUACUCACUCCCCACUUCAUCCCCCUUGUGUGCCUCUCCCUUCCUCUCCCCACCCCUGCAUGGCAGGUGGAGGCAACAGUGGAGCACCCGCAUGGGCUGGUCAUGCGGCGUGUGUUUGGCAGGUGGGUGCAGGGGAAGGUGGGUGCAGGGGAAGGUGGGUGCAGGGGAAGGUGGGUGCAGGGGAAGGUGGGUGCAGGGGAAGGUGGGUGCAGGGGAAGGUGGGUGCAGGGGAAGGUGGGUGCAGGGGAAGGUGGGUGCAGGGGAAGGUGGGUGCAGGGGAAGGUGGGUGCAGGGGAAGGUGGGUGCAGGGGAAGGUGGGUGCAGGGGAAGGUGGGUGCAGGGGAAGGUGGGUGCAGGGGAAGGUGGGUGCAGGGGAAGGUGGGUGCAGGGGAAGGUGGGUGCAGGGGAAGGUGGGUGCAGGGGAAGGUGGGUGCAGGGGAAGGUGGGUGCAGGGGAAGGUGGGUGCAGGGGAAGGUGGGUGCAGGGGAAGGUGGGUGCAGGGGAAGGUGGGUGCAGGGGAAGGUGGGUGCAGGGGAAGGUGGGUGCAGGGGAAGGUGGGUGCAGGGGAAGGUGGGUGCAGGGGAAGGUGGGUGCAGGGGAAGGUGGGUGCAGGGGAAGGUGGGUGCAGGGGAAGGUGGGUGCAGGGGAAGGUGGGUGCAGGGGAAGGUGGGUGCAGGGGAAGGUGGGUGCAGGGGAAGGUGGGUGCAGGGGAAGGUGGGUGCAGGGGAAGGUGGGUGCAGGGGAAGGUGGGUGCAGGGGAAGGUGGGUGCAGGGGAAGGUGGGUGCAGGGGAAGGUGGGUGCAGGGGAAGGUGGGUGCAGGGGAAGGUGGGUGCAGGGGAAGGUGGGUGCAGGGGAAGGUGGGUGCAGGGGAAGGUGGGUGCAGGGGAAGGUGGGUGCAGGGGAAGGUGGGUGCAGGGGAAGGUGGGUGCAGGGGAAGGUGGGUGCAGGGGAAGGUGGGUGCAGGGGAAGGUGGGUGCAGGGGAAGGUGGGUGCAGGGGAAGGUGGGUGCAGGGGAAGGUGGGUGCAGGGGAAGGUGGGUGCAGGGGAAGGUGGGUGCAGGGGAAGGUGGGUGCAGGGGAAGGUGGGUGCAGGGGAAGGUGGGUGCAGGGGAAGGUGGGUGCAGGGGAAGGUGGGUGCAGGGGAAGGUGGGUGCAGGGGAAGGUGGGUGCAGGGAAGGUGGGUGCAGGGGAAGGUGGGUGCAGGGGAAGGUGGGUGCAGGGGAAGGUGGGUGCAGGGGAAGGUGGGUGCAGGGGAAGGUGGGUGCAGGGGAAGGUGGGUGCAGGGGAAGGUGGGUGCAGGGGAAGGUGGGUGCAGGGGAAGGUGGGUGCAGGGGAAGGUGGGUGCAGGGGAAGGUGGGUGCAGGGGAAGGUGGGUGCAGGGGAAGGUGGGUGCAGGGGAAGGUGGGUGCAGGGGAAGGUGGGUGCAGGGGAAGGUGGGUGCAGGGGAAGGUGGGUGCAGGGGAAGGUGGGUGCAGGGGAAGGUGGGUGCAGGGGAAGGUGGGUGCAGGGGAAGGUGGGUGCAGGGGAAGGUGGGUGCAGGGGAAGGUGGGUGCAGGGGAAGGUGGGUGCAGGGAGGUGGUGCAGGGAAGGUGGGUGCAGGGGAAGGUGGGUGCAGGGGAAGGUGGGUGCAGGGGAAGGUGGGUGCAGGGGAAGGUGGGUGCAGGGGAAGGUGGGUGCAGGGGAAGGUGGGUGCAGGGGAAGGUGGGUGCAGGGGAAGGUGGGUGCAGGGGAAGGUGGGUGCAGGGGAAGGUGGGUGCAGGGGAAGGUGGGUGCAGGGGAAGGUGGGUGCAGGGGAAGGUGGGUGCAGGGGAAGGUGGGUGCAGGGGAAGGUGGGUGCAGGGGAAGGUGGGUGCAGGGGAAGGUGGGUGCAGGGGAAGGUGGGUGCAGGGGAAGGUGGGUGCAGGGGAAGGUGGGUGCAGGGGAAGGUGGGUGCAGGGGAAGGUGGGUGCAGGGGAAGGUGGGUGCAGGGGAAGGUGGGUGCAGGGGAAGGUGGGUGCAGGGGAAGGUGGGUGCAGGGGAAGGUGGGUGCAGGGGAAGGUGGGUGCAGGGGAAGGUGGGUGCAGGGGAAGGUGGGUGCAGGGGAAGGUGGGUGCAGGGGAAGGUGGGUGCAGGGGAAGGUGGGUGCAGGGGAAGGUGGGUGCAGGGGAAGGUGGGUGCAGGGGAAGGUGGGUGCAGGGGAAGGUGGGUGCAGGGGAAGGUGGGUGCAGGGGAAGGUGGGUGCAGGGGAAGGUGGGUGCAGGGGAAGGUGGGUGCAGGGGAAGGUGGGUGCAGGGGAAGGUGGGUGCAGGGGAAGGUGGGUGCAGGGGAAGGUGGGUGCAGGGGAAGGUGGGUGCAGGGGAAGGUGGGUGCAGGGGAGGUGGGUGCAGGGGGAGGUGGGUGCAGGGGAAGGUGGGUGCAGGGGAAGGUGGGUGCAGGGGAAGGUGGGUGCAGGGGAAGGUGGGUGCAGGGGAAGGUGGGUGCAGGGGAAGGUGGGUGCAGGGGAAGGUGGGUGCAGGGGAAGGUGGGUGCAGGGGAAGGUGGGUGCAGGGGAAGGUGGGUGCAGGGGAAGGUGGGUGCAGGGGGAGGUGGGUGCAGGGGAAGGUGGGUGCAGGGGGAGGUGGGUGCAGGGGAAGGUGGGUGCAGGGGAAGGUGGGUGCAGGGGGAGGUGGGUGCAGGGGGAAGGUGGGUGCAGGGGAAGGUGGGUGCAGGGGAAGGUGGGUGCAGGGGAAGGUGGGUGCAGGGGAAGGUGGGUGCAGGGGGAGGUGGGUGCAGGGGGAGGUGGGUGCAGGGGAAGGUGGGUGCAGGGGGAGGUGGGUGCAGGGGAAGGUGGGUGCAGGGGAAGGUGGGUGCAGGGGAAGGAGGGUGCAGGAUCGGAUGUCUCAGGGGCAACGGGACCCCCUGCGAUCAUGCAUGUUCCCCUGCAGAUUCUGUCCCACUCGCAAGUUCCCUCGCUACUUGCAUCGCUACUUCCCUCGGCCAUGGCGGACCCACCCAACGGUGACUCGCUGCUGCGCUGCCGCUGGCCCCCAUCCGCCUGCUACUCGCUUGCCACUGUGGUGGCUGUGGGGAGGGGGCUCGCAUCGGCGUUGGAGUGGAUGCAUGCGCGGGGGUGGGCGCAUGGGGACGUGUAUGCACACAACGUGCUGGUGGAUGAUAAGGGGUUCGCUAUCCUUUGUGACUAUGUAGCAGUAGCUGUGGAAAAAGGGCUGGCAUGGGCGCAUCGGGACGGGUAUGCUCACAACGGGCUUGUGGACGAUAAGGGGUUCGCUGUCCUGUGUGACUAUGGUGCAUCCUUCCCCUACCCUCGCCACAGUGCCAUCCCAUUUGAGUCACACGAGGUAAGGGCACUCGCCCUGUUGCUCCAAGGCCUCUGCACGCGCCUCUCAGCCCCCGAAACCACAGCAGAGCUUCAGAGCCGAGAGCAGCUUGGGCGGCUGAUUGAGGCGUGUGUGGGAGGGACUGCAAAGGAGCGACCGAGUUUGAAGGAUGUUGGAGAGCAGCUGGCCAUGAUUUCCAGGAGCCAUGUGUGA